UAUUAACAUAAACCCUUUGGCAAAGGCUCAAUGCUCAAACUUGAAAGGGAAUAAUAUUGACUUUGACUCAAAACUGGACCCCACAGUUUGAACUUUGGUCCAAUCAAUUGUACUUAUCAAUAAUUCACUUUCCACUUAAAACUUUUUUCAUUCCUCAAAGAUCUUUCCCACUCCCUCAACAUGGCAACUCCAUUUCACAUUCUUCUCCUUCUCUCAACUUCCCACCUCUUCUUUCAACCCUCCUCCUCCACCACAACCAACUCUAUCGGCGUCAACUACGGCACCGUCGCCGACAACCUCCCAUCCCCCUCAACCGUCGCAACUUUUCUCAAAUCCCAAACCACCAUCAACCGCAUAAAAAUCUUCGACACAAACCCCGACAUCCUCCGUGCCUUCGCAAACACAAACAUCUCCGUCACCGUAACCGUUUCCAACGCCGACAUCCCUUCACUCACCAAACUACCCUCCGCUCAAAAAUGGAUAACCACCAACAUCCUCCCUUUCCAUCCCAAAACCAUCUUUAACCGUAUCGCCAUCGGUAACGAAAUUCUCGCAACUUCCGAUAAAAACCUCAUAGCACACAUUCUUCCCGCCAUGAAAGCACUUCACCAAGCUCUAACACUUUCAAAUCUCACUCACAUUCAAAUCUCAUCUCCUCACUCACUCGGUAUUCUAUCAUCCUCCGAACCACCGAGUGCUGGAAGUUUCCGCCGUGGCUACGACCGUACAAUCUUCGCUCCUAUUCUUGAGUUUCAUCGUCAAACUAAAUCUCCUUUUAUGGUUAACCCGUAUCCGUUUUUCGGUUUCGCACCAAACCGACCCGAAACAUUAAACUAUGCUUUGUUUAAACCAAACGGUGGCGUUUUUGAUAAAGUUACAGGGAUAAACUAUACAAACAUGUUUGAUGCUCAAAUGGAUGCGGUUUAUUCGGCGAUGAAGAAACUUGGGUAUGAUGACGUGGAACUGAUUAUUGGUGAAACGGGUUGGCCUUCUUUGGGUGAUCCGGGUCAACCCGGUGUUAGUUUGGAGAAUGCGGUUUCUUAUAAUGGGAAUCUUAUUAAGCAUGUUAAUUCUGGAAAAGGGACUCCUUUGAUGCCUAAUAGAACUUUUGAUACUUAUAUUUUCUCAUUGUUUAAUGAGAAUCUUAAACCUACUGUUUCGGAGCAGAAUUAUGGGUUGUUUAAACCGGAUCUUAAACCGGUUUAUGAUGUAGGUGUUUUUACCCAACAACAUCAAAAGGCAAUGAGUCCCGCGUCUGGGCCCACGACAAUGGGUCCAGCAUCUGAACCCGCAGUUAUGGGUCCGGCAGAGUCACCAGAAUCGUCUAAUUCAAAGAAGUGGUGCGUACCAAAGAUGAAUGUUAGUGAAAAGGCGUUGCAAGCCAACAUUGACUAUGUGUGCAGCAAUGGGAUAGAUUGUGGGCCUAUAAAGAAUAAUGGGACGUGCUUUAAGCCCAAUUCACUGAGGUCCCAUGCGGCCUACGCCAUGAACGCAUAUUAUCAGAAAUCUGGCCACCAUGAUUCGGACUGUGAUUUUGGACACACUGGAGUCAUUACUUACACAGACCCUAGUUAUGAGACGUGCAAGUAUCCAUAUGCAUCUACAGAUGCAGGGAAAAAAGUUAAAAAGCCCGAUUCAGGUGGUGGUGACUCACUCAAAUCUGCCACUUCAAGCCUUAGAUUAGAUGACUUAUUAUUUCAUCUUCAAUUUCUUAUUUGUCUAUGGUUUCUCUAAUUUAUAUAAUGUUUAUGUUCCUAAUUAAUAUUAUUAUUAUUAUUAUUAUUAUUAUUAUUAUUAUUAUUAUGGUUAACAUAUGCGAUUUGGAAAUAGAUAUUUGUUUUUUGGGUUCCUCUCGCAUCAACUUAACCUUAGAUUAGUUGGCAAAUAGGAAGGGUAUUUGUAAGACUAAUGCACAUACUGAUAUGAUAUGUAUUUUAUAUUUAUUUAGUUUAUUUAUAAUUUGUACUACUAUAAUUUUUAUGAA